UGACGUGUUGUGAAAAUGUUCCAUCCCUCCUUCCAUUCUAUUGACGUCUCCGCUUCCACGUCUGUCUUGUGUGUCCCAGCCUGGAACGCGGCUUUCCCCGGGGGAAGGAGGAGGGACCGGGGAUAUGGCAGCGGUAACCGGGACGGGAGGCGGAGGACCCGUGCCCCAUGGGGGUCUCCGGGACGGAGCGCGGGUUGGUCUGCUGUGUGUGCUCUGGUACUCUGUUAGCUCUGGGGGGAACGUAGUGAACAAAAUCAUCUUGAACGGCUUUCCUUACCCGGUUACCGUAUCGCUCUUCCACAUCCUCGCCAUCUGCUGCUUUCUGCCGCCUCUGCUCCGUGCAUGGGGGGUCCCACACACCCAGCUCCCUGCCCGCUACUACCGAUGGUACAUCAUCCCGCUGGCCUUCGGGAAAUACUUCGCCUCGGUGUCUGCACAUUUCAGCAUCUGGAAGGUGCCUGUUUCUUACGCCCACACCGUUAAGGCUACAAUGCCAAUAUGGGUGGUCCUGCUGUCCAGGAUAAUAAUGAAAGAGAAGCAGACAACCAAGGUGUACGUAUCGCUUAUACCCAUUAUUGGAGGAGUCCUGCUGGCAACAGUAACAGAGAUAUCAUUUGAUAUGUGGGGAUUGAUCAGCGCUCUAGCUGCUACGCUCUGCUUCUCGCUACAAAAUAUUUUCUCCAAAAAGGUCCUGCGGGACUCUCGAAUACACCACCUACGAUUACUGAACCUCCUCGGGUGUCAUGCGGUUUUUUUCAUGAUUCCCACUUGGGUACUGCUGGACCUUUCAUCCUUCCUUGUGGAGAGUGACCUGAGCUCCAUGUUCCAGUGGUCCUGGACACUUCUACUCCUUGUGAUCAGCGGAACUUGUAAUUUUGCCCAAAACCUAAUUGCCUUCAGCAUCCUUAACCUAAUCAGCCCACUCAGUUACUCGGUAGCUAAUGCCACCAAGCGAAUCAUGGUGAUCACAGUCUCUCUCAUUAUGCUGCGUAAUCCAGUGACUUUCACCAACCUCAUUGGCAUGUUGACUGCCAUCCUCGGGGUUUUCCUAUAUAAUAAGGCCAAGUAUGAUGCAAAUCAGGAGGCAAAGAAGCAGCUGCUCCCAUUAGUUUCAGAUGAACUUCAGGGCUUGGAUCACACCCGUGGCGCUUCUGAGAAGCUCCAGAACGGAAUGACUGCCUUCUCACCAGGCAGGGACUACCAGUAUGGGCGGACCAAUGUGCUGACUGACCACUUUCAGUACAGCCGACAGGGUCACCCCAGUGCGCAUAAUCGCUAUGACGUCUAAAACAUCCACUUCCUUUCUGCCUUCUGUAUUCUCUCCUCUUUUGUUUCUUCACAUUACCAAUUCCUCCUCUUAUUUAAGAUGCGUGUUGCAAGCCACGUUCUCUCUGAUCCACCGGAAUGGUAUAAAAUGGGAAUGCCUUCACUAAGCGUCCGGGGUCCAACAAAUUAGCAGCGAUUGCAAGAGAGCAGCAGGGACUCUUCUGAGUGUGAUGCACAUGGUGAGAACUGUAUUCCAAAAAAAGACUCAAUCAUACUCCUGUUAAUGACAUUUUAGAAUGGAGUAGGAGAUUUUUGCUAAGUGAUACUUUUUCAUUUUAUUCCCUUAUCAAACACACUCCUGAAAAUGCAGGAGUCCUUUGGAUUUCAUGGUAACUUCCAGUUAAUUAAAAAAAAUAAUUAGGAAAGGCAAUCAAAUAAUGAGUUUUCAUGGAUCUUUCAACCGUAGGUGUUGGAGUCAAAAUUGGAAAUGUGUAUUACUAAAAGGAUAUGUUUGGGUUCUAAACUUGUCGCUUAUCAAAUGGAUUCGGAAGACUGUACCUGAAGGA